UCGCCAUUCUGGACGGGACCCUGCCCCUCCCCCUUCCUGGAGCGUGACCCCCUCCGCCUCGCCCCGAGGCCUUUGGCGACUGGGUCCGUUGGGGCGGAGCCAUGGAGGAAAAGCCUUUCAAAGCGUUGGCCAAGUCUUUGGGCCACCGUGGCUCAGGCAAGUCGAGCCCGCACGACAUUCGGAAUCUGUGCACCACGGCCACGCAGUCGCAGCCGAAGCUGAAUGUACCGCUGCCUACUGUCCGUGAGGACUCGGAACUGGAGGGCAGCAGCGUAGGCAGCAAGACUUGCUGGUCUUACAACCAGAAGGCUGGCCACGACUCGGACGGUGGCUGGGAAGAAUCGGGUGACGGAGAGGACAAGGGCAGCUUCAAGCCAGAGGAGCUGGACGAGCACGCCUUGAUGGAGCUGGAGAUGCGCCGCGGCAGCUCCCUGGGAGGCCCUUUAGAGGAGGACGAUUCCAAGACCGACGACGAAAAGUCUUCUUCAGUGUCAUCGCUCAAUAUCUCGAAGCACACACCCCAUCGAGCCUACUGGGUGGAGCAGCAGAGCAGGCUGCCCCUGCCCCUGACUGAACUCAUGGAGAAUGAAGCCCUGGAAAUCCUCACCAAAGCCCUCCGGAGUGAGCCUCCCCACUCCCCAUCCCCCCAGCUCCCACACGAGACCUUGGGGGAUUUGCCAGGGCUUCGGCCUGUGGGAGUGGGGUUUCAGGAUGUGUCUGCCUUGUCAGAUCCCCUUACCACUCACAAAUAUUCCAGAAGCCCCAAGAAAAGUAAAAAGUUAGGAGACUGGGCACAGGGAGACCCAAUGGGGACAGCAUGGGGUGACCGUCAAGGGCCUGGGCUCUAGCCUCAGUGCAGCCCCUCUCAACCUGAUGUAGGUUUUCUAAGGCUAUUUCUUCACUUGCCCAUGGGGGAUGACAGCCUUUCUGUGGCCUUGGCCCCUCCCUGGUUGCUGUGAGGAGCCUUUGGACAGUGGAUUAUUUGA